AUGGUUAGAUAUGCUGUGAAACCGGACACUCCCUCUAAAAGCGUAAUUUGCAAGGGUACUGAUCUUCGUCUCAGUUACAAGAAUACUUAUGAGACAGCAACUGCCAUCAAAGGAAUGUAUCUACUAGAUGCUCGCCAAUAUUUAUUGGAUGUAAUUGCAAAGAAGAGGUGCGUUCCAUUCAGAAGAUACAACGGAGGUGUUGGAAGAACUGCAAAGGCGAAUGAAUUCAAGCUUACUCAAGGAAGAUUUCCAGAAAAGUCAUGUAGAUUCUUAUUGGACCUUUUACAAAACGCAGAAAGUAACUGUGACAUGAAGGGUUUAGAUGUUGACCGUCUUAUGCUCGUUUCUGCCGUAAUCACUCAUGCUCCAUUCAACAGAAGAAGAACUUUCAGGGCCCAUGGGCGUAUUACUCCUUUCAAAAGUCAGCCAUGUAAUAUCCAACUCAUUUUCAAAGAGAUAGACGAUGCAGUAGAGCAGCCAAAGAAUAUCGAGGGCCAGAAGGUUAUUAAGCUCACAAAAAGACAGUUAGCUCGCAGAAAAUUACGUGUAGGUUCCAAAAAUUAG